UACGGGCGGGUUGUGGGGCGCUGCCUUCCUCUGCUGCGCCAUAAAACCUCAAGGGAAGGAAGAUAACCUGACAAACAUGGGGUUCCACUGACAUCAGGAGGUGUUCUCACUCAUUGUGACAAUAACCGUGUUGAAUUUUAGAUGGGAGCUUGCCAGAGACCUGUGAACCGUGAAGGCAGGCUUUCUAGUGAGGAGCCACUUUAACGUCAUGGGGUCUUUUCUCAGAGUUCCUGUUCGGUAGCAGUGGAGGGACAAGGAGCUGCUUCAGCUUAUAUAUAGAAAGUUCUUUCUGUGAGCAAUGGCUCCAGCAGAGGCCAGGUGGCCAGCACCUUUGCUCUGGGUGCACAGCUGAUCACGGUGCCCUGUGCUACCUGUUUCUUCUCCACUGUGUUUGUACCUAGCCAGCUUUGGGCAGAAUUGCCUUAGUUUCUGGUUUGUGUGGGUUUUGGCAUAACAUUUUUUUAUUCCAGGAAUGUUGAGCCUGUGAAAGUGACCGUGGGUCAGGGCAGCUUCUGUCGCUGGUGGCUGAUGCCCUCGGGCAGUGUGGGGACAAGCAAGUUUUCCCAUGCAACCUGUCCUUCAAGGAGGACAGAUGGACUCAGUGCUGACUCCUGUCUUUUGCGAGCCCUAAAUUUCCUGCCUGGUAGCCUUUAAGUUCCUAUAAAAGUUGAUAUUUGUGAUAUUCUGCAUAACUUUUUAAAGGCUUAUAUAAAUAACCCAGGCUUGGUGAGUCACACUUGGCAGUCUUAGCACUUAAAAGGCUGAGGCAGGAAGAUCACGAGUUUAAGGCCAGCCUGGGCUAUAGAGGGAGGCCAUACUUGAAAACAGGAGGAUAAAAGGGGACAGGCUUUAUGUAAAACCCUAGCUCCUGUUUAGUCCUGGAAGGUCUUCAGCAACCAAUCGACUCCUCUCCCGCUGUCCGCUGUCUGGUCUGGCCAGGCUCCAUGACCUGGACGUGGCCCAUUCCCCAGAAGCAGAGCAGUCUUACCUGCGUCAUCAGGACUGGAAGGAGGACCCGCUCUCUCCAUGGGCCAUGCCCAGUGACCACGUUUGGACCAAAGGCCUGCGUGCUACAGAACCCCCAGACCAUCAUGCACAUCCAGGACCCUGCAAGCCAGCGGUUGACAUGGAACAAGUCUCCCAAGAGUGUGCUUGUCAUCAAAAAGAUCCGAGACGCCAGCCUACUGCAGCCCUUCAAAGAGCUCUGCAUGUACCUCAUGGAGGAGAACAACAUGAUCGUGUAUGUGGAAAAGAAAGUGCUGGAAGACCCUGCUAUAGUGAGUGAUGAAAGCUUUGGACCAGUGAAGAAGAAGUUCUGCACUUUCCGUGAAGAUUAUGACGACAUUUCCAACCAGAUAGACUUCAUCAUAUGCCUCGGAGGAGAUGGUACCCUGCUCUAUGCCUCCUCUCUUUUCCAGGGCAGUGUGCCUCCUGUUAUGGCCUUCCACCUUGGCUCCCUGGGCUUCCUGACCCCGUUCAACUUUGAGAACUUCCAAUCCCAAGUGAAUCAGGUGAUAGAGGGGAAUGCCGCGGUCAUCCUGAGGAGCCGGCUGAAGGUCAGGGUGGUGAAAGAGCCCAGAGACAAGAAGAGAGCCAUCCAUAAUGGCCUCAGUGAGAACGGCCUGGACCCAGAGGGCGGAAAGCAGGCCAUGCAGUACCAGGUCUUGAAUGAAGUGGUGAUCGACAGAGGCCCCUCCUCAUACUUGUCGAACGUAGAUGUCUACCUGGACGGACACCUCAUCACCACUGUACAGGGCGAUGGCGUGAUCGUGUCCACCCCGACGGGCAGCACAGCAUAUGCAGCUGCAGCUGGGGCUUCCAUGGUGCACCCCAACGUGCCGGCCAUCAUGGUUACACCCAUCUGCCCCCACUCGCUGUCAUUCCGGCCCAUCGUGGUCCCAGCAGGGGUCGAGCUGAAGAUUAUGCUGUCACCAGAGGCCAGGAACACUGCAUGGGUGUCGUUUGAUGGACGGAAGAGGCAGGAAAUACGCCAUGGAGACAGCAUCAGCAUCACCACCUCCUGCUACCCGCUGCCCUCUAUCUGUGUGUGUGACCCUGUGAGUGACUGGUUUGAGAGCCUUGCCCAGUGUCUGCACUGGAAUGUUCGGAAGAAGCAAGCUCACUUCCCAGAGGAUGAGGACCAGGACGAGGAGGACAGCUAGGCCUCACUUGCCAGCCUCUGACCUGAGCCCUCAAGCCCUUGGGGGCCUUCCUUCUCUUGCUCUCCUGCUGGCCUUCUGGCCGACCUGGCCUUGACCAACCACAUGGCUGUCCAGGCAUCUCUGUGUCCUGCCUGCCUUGCUGGGAGAGCUUGGGUCUGCCUUUUGAAGAACAGAUCAGCUUUUUAAUGUUUUUAAACCUCUUUUUCAUUUCUAAAGAAGCAAAAUGAGAACUGGGCUGGGUGUCCUACAUUUCUCCCAUGGGCCCCCUGAGAUCCCAGAUCAGGAAUUCCCAUAAAUCAGUCUGUUGAAAUUCUGAGGGGGUCAGAACGAAUUGAUCUUCCCUUUGAUAUUGAAAUAAAUGUCUCAGCCAGAAAUCUUCCUUUAGCUGCAGUGCUUUUCCCCAGGGACUGUACCUUUCUCCUGCAACUCUUGGGGUCACCUGGCAGCUUUGCUAUGGGUUGGCAAGGCAUGUGAUGGCUAGGUGCCUCUUAAGUCUGGCCCAAGGCCUCUUGACUCCUCCCAGAGCAGAGGCCACACUUUGCACAGCCAUCCAGCAACGUCACAUUCCUCAUAUCGCAGGGCAGCAGCUCCCGAGACAUUUUAAAUCCUGUGUACACUUUUUAGAGAUUAUUUUAAACUUUCUGAAGUGAUUAUGUACAUAUUUUCUUGUACACACUUUGUGAAGAUUUAGAGGGGACUGCCUGUUGUCCGGUGUUUACAUUGUGUCCGGGACAGGGCUCCGUGCUUCCACUCUUCCCUUACACAGUGGCCACAAGGGUUUUGAGACCAACUCACAAUUGACAUCAGGCUGUGGGCCUGUACUCCUUCCACAAGAGUCUUAGGUUUGCAUCUGAGCAAUAGCCAUAUGGAGCUCUCUGUGUAGCACAUGUGUGUAACACAAGUAACGCACGUGGACGCCACACAGACCCUAGAGCGUUUGUGGAGUCACUGGUCAGCCACGGUGCCGCAGUUAGGUCGUCUUCACCUCUUAUGGCGGGAGUAGGAAGGGAGAACGGCUUGUUCUUCGCCUGGCUUCCAGGGUAAAGUCAGGCUUCUGUUCCGUGCUGCUCAGAAGGGUUUGCCAGCUGCUAUAGUGCUGACCACACUGCUAAAGUCAGGACCUCCUGGGCCCUUGUUGACCUCAGCACCUCUGGAGCCCUAAGUGGUCUGGUGUCAGCGCUGUUAGGUUGCGGUAGCUUGUCCCCAAGAUCUGUGCUGUUCAUCUGUUACAGUAAGCACAGCAGGCCUCUGUGUGGUCCAGAGGAGAGCAGGGUCUGCAGUAUGGGCCAUGCAUCUAAAAAGCAAGUGUUGACAAGUCUAGAAGCAGCUGCUAUCAGACUGAUCUAGAACACAUGGAGUUUUCACAUAAAUUCUUAAUGUUUCAUAUUAAUAUCUUAAAAUUUGUUAAUUGUUAAUGAAGGCCUUAUUACUAUUUUCAGAUUCUUUCAAUAAAUAAACUUGUUAAAAAAAUAA